AUGACUGAAUGUAGUGUAAAGAUGUGGUCUUGCAUCACAGACUUCUUCACCUAUGAAACCACUAAGUCAGUGGUUGUGAAAAGUUGGACUAUUGGAAUCAUCAACCGUGUUGUCCAGCUCCUCAUCAUCACUUACUUCAUUGGAUGGGUGUUUCUCACUGAGAAGGCCUACCAGAUUAGAGACACGGCGAUUGAAUCCUCUGUGAUGACCAAGGUCAAAGGCUUUGGAAUCUACAAUAACAAGGUUAUGGAUGUAGCAGACUACGUCACUCCUACACAGGGAGCUUCGGUGUUCUGCAUCAUCACUAAACUGAUUACUACAGAGAACCAAGUCCAAGGAUACUGUCCUGAGAGUGAAAGAAAGUUUAAUUGUACAGACGACAGAAACUGCACAAAGUACAUCAAUAAGCCGGGAAGUUACGGAAUUGCUACAGGGAGGUGUGUUCCUUUUAAUGCCACGAUCAAGAUGUGUGAGAUUAGGGGUUGGUGUCCUGCUGAGAUCGACACCAUCAAGACCACACCAAUGAUGGAAAUAGAAAAUUUCACCAUCUUCAUCAAAAACAGCAUCCGCUUCCCGACCUUCAACUACACAAAAGGGAACUUCCUUCCUAACAUCACUCAAGAUUAUAUCCGUAAGUGUAACUUUGACAUGGUCAACAACACCUACUGCCCGAUCUUCAGAGUGGGAGAUGUCGUCCGCUACGCCCAGCAGAACUUCACUAAUCUGGCAGACAAGGGAGGAGUGAUUGGAAUAAAGAUCGGCUGGAUGUGCGAUCUGGACAAGUCGGAUGACCACUGUAACCCCUCGUACUCAUUCACCCGACUGGAUGCUAUGUCACAGAAGAACGCUGUCUCACCUGGCUACAAUUUCAGAUUUGCAAAGUAUUUUAAGAUGGAAAAUGGGACUGACUACCGCACUCUGGUCAAAGCCACUGCUAUCAGGUUUGAUGUCUUGGUCAAUGGAAAUGCAGGAAAGUUCAACAUGAUCCCUACACUCAUUAACAUGGUUGCAGCCUUUACAUCAGUGGGAGUGGGCACAGUGCUGUGUGACAUCAUACUGCUCAACUUCCUGAAAGGUGCGGAGCAAUACAAGGCCAAGAAAUUUGAAGAGGUGUCCGACAACCCAUCCGAAGGCAAUGGACUGUAUCGUUCCCAACUGUCCCUCAGACAAACCAUGACAAAGUCCAAUGACUCAGGGGCAUUUUCUAUUGAACCUUACAGCUAAAUGGACAGCAUACGUGUUUAAUUCAUGUUUUAUUAUCCAGCAGUACCAAGUGAAACCAUGUGUUUAUGUUGUUAGAGAUAAUACGUAGAAUGCUGCAUUAUUGCUGCUUUGCACUGAUUCAAGUUGGAUACAAACAAGGACAAAGACAUAAAUGAAAA